UCCUUUUCCAGGAACCUGCCUCCAUCAGCAAUCCCUUCUGCAAUUCACAUUUGCUAGUCUCUCUCUCUCUCACACACACACGUAUACAGAUACAUUUGUUUUAAAAAGAAAUUCGUAGCAAAAUCUUGAACAAGAAAGUGAGACGAGAUUACCCCCACACCACAGCGCAAUAAAUGCAGAGUUGCAGACAGCCACGACACAAUUGGUUCCUUUUGAAGGACCUCUCUCUCUCUCUCUCGUCAGUGAGCACUAAAUGCGGAGUAGUUCUUCCACAACUACAAAGAUUCCUUCUUUUCUUUGCUGGAAUAUUUUCGGGGCCUCUGCAGCUUCUGGUGAAAUGGGCAGCGCAGAAUUUAGAUAAUUGAGCUGAAUUUAUGGGGUGUGUACUUGCAAAAGGAGCUGUUAGGAAAAGAGAAGAUCGCCGGAGGAAGCUCGGUGAUGAGCGCCGCGAUUCGGGAACCGCCGGUUCUGGGGCGGCGGCGAACGGCGGGUCGGAGAGAGGGAAGGAGAAGAAGAUCGUGGAGGUUCCAGCUGCGGCGGCGUCGACGGCGGCAGCGCCCCCCCUGGAGUUCCGGCUGAAGAGGGGUGUCUCCACCGGCGGCGAGGGGUGGCCUUCGUGGCUAAGCGACGUCGCCGGCCACGCUCUCAAGGAUUGGAAACCUCGCCGCGCUAGCACCUUCGAGAAGAUUGAUAAGAUAGGGCAAGGGACUUAUAGCAAUGUGUAUAAGGCUAAGGACUUGAUCACCGGGAAGAUAGUGGCCUUGAAGAAAGUAAGAUUCGACAACUUAGAGCCCGAGACUGUCAGGUUCAUGGCGCGAGAGAUACUUGUGUUGAGAAAGCUGGAUCACCCCAAUGUGAUUAAGCUCGAAGGUGUGGCGAUUUCCAGGAUGUCGAGCAGCCUGUACCUUAUUUUUGAGUAUAUGGAGCACGAUCUUGCUGGCCUUACUGCAUUCCAAAAUGUCAAGUUCACUGAGCCCCAGGUGAAAUGCUAUAUGAAACAAUUACUUUCUGGUCUAGAGCACUGCCACAACAAUGGUGUCCUACAUCGGGAUAUUAAGUGCUCUAACUUGCUUAUUGACAAUGAAGGAACCUUAAGAAUAGCUGAUUUUGGACUCGCUUCUUUCUUCAAUCCAGAAAGCAAACGACCAAUGACAAGCCGUGUUGUGACCCUUUGGUAUCGUCCUCCUGAACUUUUGCUUGGGGCCACUCGUUAUGGUGUUGGCGUCGAUUUGUGGAGUGCUGGAUGUAUUCUAGCAGAAUUAUUUGCCGGGAAACCUAUAUUGCGGGGACGUACAGAGGUUGAACAACUGCACAAGAUAUUUAAACUAUGUGGUUCUCCACCUGAGGAAUACUGGAAGAAAUCCAGAUUACCGAAUGCGACUCUCUAUAAACCCCAGCAUCCUUACAAGCGUUGCUUAGCAGAAACCUUCAAGGAUUUUCCGCCAUCUGCUCUUGCUCUGGUAGAAACUCUUCUUGCCAUUGAUCCCGAUGCACGUUGCAGUGCUACUGAAGCAUUAAAUAGUGAAUUUUUUACCACCGAACCAUAUGCAUGUGAGCCGUCAAGCUUACCCAAAUUCCCUCCCAGCAAAGAAAUGGAUAUAAAAUUGAGAGACGAAGAAGCUAGAAGGCAACGAGGUGUAGGGGCAAAAUCUCACGUCACAGAUGGCAGUAAACGAACUAGAGCACGUGACAAAGCCAGUCGAGCAGUUCCAGUUCCCGAAGCAAAUGCAGAGCUGCAACCCAACUUAGAUAGGCUGAGAAUGAUGUCCGAUGCCAAAGCCAAAAGCAAGAGCGACAAAUUUCCUCCGCCUCAUCAGGAUGCAGCAAUGGGCCAUCAUCCUCUUGAUGCAUCUCGAAAUGGCCCUUUAUCUUUCAGCGCAGCUGAAACUUCGUUCGCCUCAAUCUUGGAUCGGAGGUCUUCAAGAUCUCUACGGAGCACCACAUCCAAAGCUGCAACUUCGAGAAGUAGGAACGAUAAGGAGGAGCCCCAUAGGGCUCCUGCACGGAGCUUCAUGAACGCGUUGUAUCCCUCCUCCAUUGCUUGGGAUUUCGGGUUCAGUCGCAGGCGAACAGGUUUGGAAAAUAGCAGGGAUCGAAGGUAGAGAGACUUAGAGAGUCGGUUUGUACACAAUUUUGAAUGUCGUGUUUAUUUUUUCUGUAGUCAGAAUCAUCAUGUUCAUUCAAGGUCAUCUGUUUGCAUUCUUCAAUUUGUGUAUAUUAAAGAGCAACAUAGCAUUCAACAUCAGUUUUGUACAGUGAGAAUUGUUUGUACUACAACUGUGCAUUGUAAGUUUUUUUUUUUUUACCAUUUAAAUGGAAAAGAUCAAUGGGAGUAUGUUUUUGUUCA